AUGGCUAGCUCAACCAACACUGAUGACCCAACUAGGCUUGCUUGCAUACAAUUUCGAGCGAGUUGGGAAGGCUCCCUUGAGCAGAGCUUUUGUCACUACCUGACUGAAGGUUCAGUGGGAUUGUUUCCCCUCAUUGACCCACCCACCAGUCAAAAGCUCACUUUGAACCUCAAGGAAUUAGUGGACUCAAGUCUUACAAAAAUCAUCAUGGAACAUCACCUCGAAGCACCUCCCGGUACAAUCCCAUUUUCUACCUUCACCAUCACUCCCCAGCCGUGUGAUCUGAAGGUAGUACCCCACCUGAACCAAAAGCCCUACAUCAUUUGCUCAGUAAAUGUUGAAACAAGACUGGCCCUAUUCCGUAAUGAUCUUCAAACUACUGGACCUGAAAGAUCAUAUAGGGAAUCAGAGUAUCAUUUCUCCCUUGCACUUCCUACUCGAAAUUGGGCAGAGGCAACAGAAGAAGGUAUCACUCGUGAUUUGUCAGAACCAAUUGAGGAGAUGUUGGGAAAAAGAGAAGGAUUGAAGUGCAAGUCGGUACUAGGAACGGCAUUACUGUACCCUGAAGUGGAAGGACUAGGAUUAGACAUGAAGUGGCGAUUGGCAUUGCAAGAUGAAGACAGUGCUUUAAUUGGUGCAUCUUUCCAGGUGACUCUAGUGGGAGAAAAGGAAGUAGAUGUGGAGGGUUCUUAUAUAGGCUGGCUAUGGACAGAGGGAAUGGCUCAAGAGCUUGUUCCAGUCAACACCCGAGUGAGUCUUCGGAAAGGGAUCAACAGCAAAUGGGAGGGAGUGGUAUCCACUGGAUUGCCUGAAGGGAGAGGACUUGAACAAUCAUGGGAUGUCUUUGAAUGA